CGAUAAUUCGAAAAUUGCAGUCUCGAGGAGAGAGGUUCUGGUUCUACGUUCUACAUCUUCAAUAAUAAAUACCAUGUGCUUUUUCUGCUAUUUGUGGAAAAAUGAUAUUGUCAAUAAUUUCAAUCGCAUUUUUCAUCAUUCAUAAGGAAUUUUAUGAUUAGGAGAUUUUUUACAAUUGAUCUAGUUUUGUAGUUUUGUCCGAGGAAACUAUUCUUGGUUUUAUCAAUUACGAAUAAAGCCGAACAAUAUAAUUCCCAGAAAGAGGUUAGAUCUGUCUGAACCUCUAAGUACAUAAACAAAAUAUAAAAUUAAGCAAAGUGUUUCAUUCAAAGUAUCUGUAUAACAAAUAAAAAUGUCGAACACACUGAAGAAAGAGUUGGCGAAGGUCAAGAAAAUGAUUCAUCCAAACAGCAGAAAGUCUGCUGCCAUCGCUAAAAAAACAGUAAAAAUAACCAACAGAACUCGUGCCAAACAAGCAGGCUCAAUGAAGCAAAUGUUGGUUGGUGAAAAAAUGCUUUGGCUCCAAGAAAAUAUGGUGCCUGGAGUAUGUCCGUACACUCCUGAACUGACAAUGGAGCUACUAGAAAAAUACAUUGCAAGGCACGAUGAAGAGUUGGAUUUCAUAGCUCAGAAAAACAAAGUCAUUGGUAAAAAGAAUAAAAGUCACGCCAGUCGCGAAGACAUUUUGCGAAUGUCAAAAGAACGCGAGAAAGAAGAGUACGAAGCUAGUGGAAUAGAAAUUCCUAACAUAAUGAUCGCUUCGCAAUGCUCGAUGUUACAAAAAUGGGACGGUGAUUUGCGUUAUUUGCCUAAUUUCAUUUUUCGUCGAUGGGGCAAGAAAAAUUUAGAAGAAGCAAUUCAUAAGAAAUCUAAGGCAGAAAAGAGUGCCCCAAAAUUCGGUCCAGAAACGGAGGAAUGUCCCACAGCAACUUUGAUGGAUGCAGACCCAUGAAAAUAUAUUGUGACUAGAUAAUAUUUAUUUUUCAAAUACAAAUUUUAUUCUGAUAAAA